GCAGUGCGGGGUGGCUCAGCGGAACUUGGUCGCUGAGCGGGCUGGCGCGCUGCAGUCCCGUGCUGUCCCCGCAGCCCAGCCAUGCAGGACCUGCCCCGGCGGUGCUCCGCCCUGCCCUUCCUCAGCUCCUUCCUCCAGGGCCGCCGGCACUCGUCUUCGGACCCCGUCCUGCAGCAGGACCGGCGUGGCUCGGCCACCCAGACGCUGUCCUCAUCCUCUCUCCAGGUGAUGGUGGCCGUGGCCUCAGUCAGCUGUGCCGAAGGAAACCCAGCCUGCCUCCAGAGAAAAAGAAACUCAGGACGUCCAACACCAAAGUACACGAAAGUCGGAGAGCGCUUACGGCAUGUGAUUCCCGGACACAUGGCCUGCUCCAUGGCGUGUGGUGGCAGAGCGUGCAAGUAUGAAAACCCUGCCCGCUGGAGUGAGCAGGAGCAAGCCAUUAAGGGGGUCUACUCGUCGUGGGUCACUGAGAAUAUCCUGGCCAUGGCUCGCCCAUCCACCGAGCUCCUGGAGAAGUAUCACCUCAUUGAGCAAUUCCAGAGCCAUGGCAUAAAAACAAUCAUCAACCUGCAGCGCCCUGGUGAACAUGCCAGCUGUGGGAACCCUCUGGAACAGGAAAGCGGCUUCACGUACCUUCCUGAAGCUUUCAUGGAGGCUGGCAUUUAUUUCUACAAUUUUGGAUGGAAGGAUUAUGGUGUAGCAUCGCUUACCACCAUCUUAGAUAUGGUGAAGGUGAUGACAUUUGCCUUACAAGAAGGAAAAGUAGCUGUCCAUUGUCAUGCAGGGCUUGGUCGAACAGGUGUUUUAAUAGCAUGUUACUUAGUUUUUGCAACAAGAAUGACUGCUGACCAAGCAAUUAUAUUUGUUCGGGCAAAGCGGCCCAAUUCCAUACAAACUCGAGGACAACUGCUGUGUGUGAGGGAAUUUACUCAGUUUCUGAUUCCUCUUCGCAAUAUAUUCUCUUGCUGUGACCCCAAAGCACACGCUGUUACUCUAGCGCAGUAUCUCAUUCGCCAGCGGCAUCUGCUUCAUGGUUAUGAGGCCCGACUUCUGAAACACAUUCCCAAAAUUAUCCACCUCAUUUGCAAAUUGCUCCUGGACUUAGCCGAGAAUAGGCCAGUGGUGACAGAAGAGGUGGCCGAAGUGCCCAGCCUGUCUGCCGAAAUUGAAAAGACGGUUUCUGAGAUGAUCACCCUGCAGCUGGAUAAAGAGUUGCUGCAGCAGGGCAGCGACGUGUCAGAUUCCUUCCCCCCAACCGCGGUGGCCACAGACUUUGAGAAUCAGGAUGUGAUUCUUUCCAGCGAGCAAGAGAUUGACCCUCUUUGGAAGAGGCGGAAUGUCGAGUGCCUUCAGCCCCUGACUCACCUGAAAAGGCAAUUCAGCUACAGCGACUCAGAUUUAAAGCGGGCUGAGUCGCUUCUGGAGCAUGGCAGUGCUCCGUGGACAGGACCUGCCCCGGCCUUGCUUGGCCAUGACCCCGAGCAGCAGAAGCCCAUAAGCCACUGGCACACCCCUCAGUCUCCGCAGCUUGAUCCAAGUAAGGAAACGCUGGUCCGAAAUACGUUCUCUUUCUGGAAUCAGGCUAAAUUUGGAGGCCUGGAAGGACUCAAAGAUGAGGGGGCACCGGUUUUCCAUAAGGAGACUAUGGCAAAGGUUCCGCGGAGCAGAACCUUCUCUUCAGGUGUUUCAGGUUCAUACAAUCCUGGGGAACCAGCUCUACCGGACCGUGCAGAUAUUGCCAAGGAGCCAGGCUGUUCUCUGCAGCAAGUGCCCCGCUGUCAGUGCAAAACUCCUGCUGGCUGCUGCUCUGACCCUUCCCGCAGCCCUGUGUCUUGUGGCUUCAGCCCCAAAGCACCCUUCUCGGCUGGACACACUCAAGUCCCCAACAGCAAAGAUCUGCCCACAGAUGCUCCAAACACUGCUUUGCAGUCUGAAUUGAGUGUCGAAGCCAGGAGAAUACUGGCAGCCAAAGCCCUGGCAAGUUUAAAUGAAUGUGCAGAAAAGGAGGAGGUGAAAAGGAAGGUAGAAAUGUGGCAGAAAGAACUGAAUUCCCGAGAUGGAGCUUGGGAAAGAAUAUGCGGCGAAAGGGACCCUUUUGUCCUGUGCAGUCUAAUGUGGUCCUGGGUGGAGCAGCUGAAGGAGCCUGUGAUCACCAAAGAGGAUGUGGACACACUGGUUGCCAGCCGUGCAGAUGCCGCAGAAGCGCUGUUUCUAUUAGAGAAGGGCCAACACCAGACCAUCCUGUGCGUGCUACACUGCGUAGUGAGCCUGCAGGCAGUGCCCGCGGACGUGGAGGAGGCCAUCCUCGCCCGUGCCAUUAAAGCCUUCACCAAGGGGAAUCCUGAUGGAAAGUUAAACACAGUUGUUCCAAACCCAGCUUUGGAAUGGUUGAGGGAUUUUCAUGGCUCCGUCUUCAGGUUGAUUUUGACUCUGAAAAUGGACCAGUGGUUUACGACACCCUGAAGAAAAUUUUUAAACACACGCUGGAAGAAAACAGGAAAAUGACAAAAGACGGACUUCAGUCUGGCGUUUAGUGCCACUUCACCCGUGGCGGACAGCUCGGACCCGGAGACGUAGGUGGCAUUUCUGCACACAGGUGAUCAGGUUGGAACCUGAAGCCACUUGGUCUCACAGCACUUUAAUGUCAGAUGCUCUUGGCUUGUGCUCAGAACACUCAUUUCUGUUGGGAGCAAUUAUUUAUUUUAAACUAUCCGGGAGCUACAUUUUUGUGUCAAAAUUGCCAUCAUGUUGGUGCCACUUCCUUGUAUUUAUUUGACAGAAUUAAUAUUCUUGUAAAAACAUGUUAAGUAUGUGGUGUUUACAUCUUUAUUCUUUUUGACAUUUUGGAGCAAGUUGUAACUCUUCUUUCCGAAACAGUUAUUUUGUCAGUGGAACCCUUGCUGGAGUUUUACCAAAUAGGUCAUUUUAGUAGUAAGAUUUCAGUGGGGAUCAGUACCCCUGAACCAUGACCUACGGAAGUCACAAAGUGUCUUAAACUGUUUUGUAUUUGUUAAUAAGAAAGCUAUUGACACAGCAGUUUUUAAGGAAUUUUUUUUUAAUUUGCAAGCUUUUUGUUUUUCUUUUUACAAAUGUGUCAAAGGGUUUCAAAGUAAUACUGUUUUUCAGAGCAAUUUAGCUUUGUGUUGAAGGGUUGACUGAAGCGGUUGGGAUUUUUACCGCAGGAGGUAGCCUUGCUCUUGAAUAGACCUCCAGACCCCAGUGCCAACCUCUGCUGACACAGGAGGCAGGAACGUUUCCCAGAAUGUCCAGCCUGACGCCCACCAAACAGCGUCUUCACAGAGGAAGGCCAUGUGGGCAGCUGCUCGGAAGCAGUACUCCACAGGGAGGACCAUCAGGUGGGGCAGGCUCUUUGCAGCAGCGUGACCACCAGCCCACACCUUCCACCGUCGUCUUGGGACCAGAUCUUCAGCCAUGCAUCACUCUGAGAACUAGGAUUCUUAAAUUAAACAUGCACAUGUAGGCCAUGAUCACCCUACGGGCUCUAGAUAAGAAACAAGUGAACUAGUUACUACCUACCUAGUAACUGCCUAACUAGUCUUUGUGAAUCAUACCAAUGGUGGCUCAACCAUUGAGCCGUUGAAGCCAUGAUGAAUGUGAGCAGUGCCAGAGGCCAUAAGAAGGUGAUCAUUUCUCCCAAUAAAUGAGAUAUUCAUCUAACAAAUUCCACGCUAAGGCUAUGACCUAACUUUAGAGACAGAAUUUGGGGGGAAGGAGGCUAACCAUGGAUGAGAUGCCCCAACUCCUGCAUCUCUGAAUGAGGCACAGGCGCAUCAGAAAUGUUGUAGUCUUUCUCUGUCCUAUGAACUCCAGUGGCAAAUGAAGAAUGCUGUUUCCUCCCACACUGUUUGAAUUUCCUUAGGAAAUCAGAUCCAGUGAAUUUUAAUAAACUGGGUUGCCUGUUCUUGAAA